GCAUGUGAUGAUAGACCCUGAGAAAUCAACACUCGCUUCAAAUUAUCCAUUGCGUCUCGUGGACAGCCUUAGCGCAUCUGUGCUGGACACCAGAAGCUAUGCGCGCCGACGCAUGCCAUCGUUUGAGUUUCGUAUAGAAAGCUUCGACUCGGUCCACGGCGCGCAUCCCUGCCAUCUUUACGUCUUCCCCAUAUCGUCCCCACACUUACCGCCUCACCUCUAUCGUGGGGAGAUACGAGAGCGGGCUCUCUUUUCACCUAUAUCAAUUCGUCCUGAGCGCGCAAAACACUGUUUCUCUAGCUCCCAGCUUCAAGCCGACACCAUCAACCAUGUCGUCGCCUACCCUCCCUACGCGCCGACCCACUUACCCUCUCGCUCAUGCUUUCCGCCGUAAACCUCGACGUCUGCCUCUCGUUCUCCGCUUCUCGAAGGGCGCUAUACACAACAUAAUCUUAAUGCCAGUACUGCUUCAUUCGCUCUUCACCGCCUUGAUCGUCUACAUCGACACGCGCUAUGUAGACAGUAUAUCCAUCCCUGCUACCAUUAUACCGUCGCUCUCCAUCGUGGUUGGUCUAAUGCUGGUCUUCAGAAACAGCACAGGCUACGACCGAUUCUGGACCGGAAGAAACUGCCUCACGACAAUCGGAACCUCCGUACGAAACCUUGCUCGAAUCUGUCUGGUGAACUCGCGAGACAAAGACGGACAUUCCACAGAAGAGGAGAGGAGAGACACAGAGAAGAUAGUACGGGUCCUCGUAGCAGUUCUCUACUCCAUCAAGCACAACCUGCGCGCAGAAUUCAAUAUCCCACCUGCGAGUCUCGCUUCUUUGCCUCCACAACCAAGCGUCUACCCGCAACGCUCCCGCCCCGUAUCCAGGCGCCCCAGCUACAUCGACCGCACAGGUUCCAAUUUCGGCACGGUUUCGUUCCCGCCUACUCUCGUAAACAGCACAAGUACCACACCUCUGCUCGGGUCAUCCACCGCCACGCUAGAAAACGGCGAUGGUACGACCCCCAUGAAGAAAGAUGAAUAUGUAUCACUCCUUCCAGAAGGCCUGAUGGGCUACGAAGACCAAGGUCUCGGUUUACCCUUACAACUUACAAUCCUCUUGGAAGGUUACAUCCGCCGAGGCCACGACAGAGGCUGGUUCCACGCGCCCCUCUCCUCUCAAAUGACCGUUCAGCUGAACACUCUUGUCUCCGCGUAUGGCACCAUGGAAACUAUUCACAGCACGCCCAUUCCCGUCGCGCAUCUAAUCCACCAAAAGCAGGUCCUGGCACUCUAUGCUUGUGUUCUGCCGUUUGCCAUUGUAGAUGACUACAGGUGGUGGAGUGUACCUAUUGUGGCUAUCAUCGCCUUCACACUCUACGGUAUUGAGGGAAUUGGCGUGCAACUGGAGGAUCCAUUUGGAUAUGAUAAGAAUGACAUCAAGAUGGACGGCAUCAUCGAAGAUACGAGACAGGAGGUUAUGGUGCUGUUGGAGGAGUGGAGGGCGAGCCAUGAGGGGAGGGCUAUGGGGGGUAUGUUCGAGUGUGAGUGAUGAUAUGAUGACUGGGAAUAUUGGAACAGGUAAUGUGUGAUGUUAAGACGUUGAACCCAUGUGUACAUACGUAAUGAUCGUUAUUGGCCUUUUGUGAGUUAUGAUCUGCAGUCUUAUAGCGUAGAUACCCAAUAGCACAACUACCAGAAGAUUGCAUGUUUCACGCGGACACGGACAG